CUUACUUUUGAGGCAUUUGGCUGGGGUUACCUUUUCCCCAGUGGUUGAAAAGAGAGAGAGAGAAUCUGGGGCGUUGGCAUGCCAUUGCCAGCUAUGAAAGGUUUCCGUGAGGGUCAAUGCGUUUUUCCCUCUUCUGGCCUUGUAACUUGUUUCACUAGCGUUAUAAGUUAUAACCACAUUAACACGAAAUCCAUCCCUCAUAUAUAAACUAAUAAAACCCCUCCCUACUCUCCACUCCCUACUCUUUUUCCUUCUCAGUUCUCAGUUCUCACUCUCUCCACCUCCUUCCCCUAUACAGGGAGGGAACCAGACAAAGGCUUUCAGUAUCAGAAUUUCAUGCUCCAAAAAUGGCUGUCACUACUCACUCUCUAUCUGCCACAGAAAGGAAGUACUGGUGGCUCACCAACAGAAAGAUUGUUGAGAAAUACAUGAAAGACGCGCGGACUCUCAUAGCCACGCAAGACCAGACCGAGAUCGCUUCGGCGCUCAACCUUGUGGACGCGGCUCUGGCGAUUUCGCCGCGGCUGGACCAGGCGCUGGAGCUGAGAGCGAGGGCGCUGCUCUAUCUGCGGCGCUACAAGGACGUCGCCGAUAUGCUUCAGGACUACAUUCCGAGCUUCAGAAUGGGCAACGAUGACUCCUCCGACGCCUCCUCGCAGCAGCUCUCCAGGGAGGGAGUCAAGCUUCUCUCCUCCGACGCGCCUCAGACCUUCAAGUGCUUCUCCGUCUCCGACCUCAAGAAGAAGGUCAUGGCAGGGCUGAGUAAAACUUGCGACAAGGAAGGCCAAUGGAGGUACUUGUUAUUGGGUGAAGCAUGUUGCCACCUUGGCCUAAUGGAGGAUGCAAUGGUUCUUCUUCAAACGGGGAAGCGUCUUGCAAGCGCCACAUUCCGGCGGGAGAGUGUGUGCUGGUCAGAAGAUAGCUUUUCUGUAACUAACAUCUCCUUCACCGGAGACGCCACAAACGCGCUACCCACGACUCCGUCGCGGACCCUACUCGCCGACUCCGAGACCGUGGUGAACCAACUCCUCGGCCACAUAAAGUUCCUCCUCCGCCGUCGCUCCGCGGCACUGGCUGCCCUCGAUGCCGGGCUCUACUCGGAGGCCGUCCGCCACUUCUCGAAAAUCGUGGACGGCCGCCGCAGCGCGCCACAGAGCUUCCUCGCGGAAUGCUACAUGAACCGUGCCUCCGCGCACCGCUCCGCCGGUAGAAUCGCAGAGUCAAUCGCCGAUUGCAACCGCACCCUUGCCCUGGACCCCACUUGCGUUCAAGCCCUCGAAACCAGAGCCUCGCUCUUUGAAACCAUUCGCUGCCUACCCGAUUCUCUGCACGACCUCGAGCACUUGAAGCUCCUCUACAAUGCAAUCCUGCGUGACCGCAAGCUUCCCGGUCCUGCGUGGAAGCGCCACAACGUGCGCUAUAGGGAGAUUCCAGGGAAACUCUGCGCCCUCACCAUUAAAAUUCAAGAACUCAAGCAGAGGCUGGCUUCCGGUGAAAUUGGGAACGUUGACUACUAUGCUUUGAUGGGUGUCCGACGUGGGUGUUCGCGUUCGGAGCUGGAGAGGGCUCACCUGUUGUUAACCUUGCGGCACAAGCCUGAUAAGGCAACGGGUUUCAUCGAAAGGUGCGAGCUUGCGGACGAGCGUGAUGUUGAGUCCGUUAAGGAGAGGUCUAAGAUGUCAGCAUUGUUGCUGUAUAGGUUGAUUCAGAAGGGUUAUACCAAUGUGAUGGGUUGCAUCAUGGAUGAGGAAGCUGCUGAGAAGCAAAGGAAGAAAGCUGCUUUGCAAGCUAUUCAAGUGCAGAAAGAGAAAGCCAAUGAAUCUGAGUGUAACAAGGGGGAGAGUAUUCAGAGUAACAGGAGCAGCGUGGAAAAUAUUCAAACGUCUCAGAAUAAGUCUGUGGUAUUUUCUUCGACUGUGAAUCCCGCCGUGUUUCAGGGUGUUUUCUGCCGUGAUCUUGCGGUGGUGGGGAGCUUGCUUUCUCAGGCGGGGUUUAAUCGGUCAAUGCCGGUUAAGUAUGAAGCGUUGAGCUGUUGAUUAAUUAAAUUGAAUUGAAAUGAAGUUCGUCGGAAAUGGUAAUAUUUGGUGGGUGGGGGGGCUGGUGGAGAUGUUACCGGCAGAGGGAAUCUCUGGUUCGUUCGUUCACUUUAUUGUACAAAUUAUGCAAAGGAAAAUUAAAAGUAUUUUAGACUGCCGGAAAAUUUUGUCACCUUUUACUUUUUAUCCUUUAUUAGCCAUCUUUUUAUUAUCUAUCAGAUGUACAGAUUAUCAGUACUGAAUGAAGACUCUACUUUCGGAUUUUGGCUU